AUGGCUACAGCAUUUAGCGAGAUCCCAAUAAUAGAUCUUUCGCGGGAAGAUGACAAAUCAACCAAGCCUGGCUUGCUAGAUAGUCUUCGCUAUGCUCUUACAGAAGUUGGCUUUUUAUAUGUGUCAAACCACGGCGUCCCAGAAGUUGUUGUUGACGGGUUGGUGAAUGCAUUACCUACACUUUUCGACCUAGAUAAGGACGCCAAGAAUUCCGUUGCAUUAGAGAAUUCGCCCCAUUUCCUUGGAUAUAGCGGUGUCGGUAGUGAAAAUACAGGCGGUAAAGAAGAUCAGAGGGAACAGUUUGAAUUCGCUACGGAGCUUACAGCAACAUGGCACUCCGGCCUCCCAUUAUACGAACGUCUGCGGGGCCCUAACCAGUGGCCAAAAGGGCAUCCAGAACUUCGGUCUACGGUAGAAUCAUAUAUACGAGAGCUAACGAACUUGGGAGAACGAUUUCUAGAUCUUGUUGCUCAGGCUCUGUCGCUUCCGUCUGGGACCUUCCAGCCAUUUCUAUCAGAUCAGCAUCGCUUAAAGUUGGUGCACUAUCCCGCAUUGCAAAACGGGGACCCUGCAGGUUCCCGGCAAGGUGUUGGUCCUCACAAGGAUUCUUCGGGUUGGUGGACAUUCUUGCUCCAGGCAUCGCCCCCUGAAGUUAAGGGGUUGCAAGUCCUGAACAAAGCUGGAGAUUGGGUCGAUGUCCCCGUAGUGCCAGGAACUUUCGUCGUCAACAUCGGCCAAGCUUUUGAGGUGGUUACCAAUGGAAUAUGUAAAGCCACAACGCAUCGAGUUCUCUCAGGUCCGCACGAAAGGUAUAGCGUACCUUUUUUUCAGGGUGUUCGUCGAAACCUUACAAAGGCAGAGGCGACUGGGUCUCUUAAAUCGCAUUUUAGCACUCUUGAUACCGGCAGGGAAUCUGAGGAGGGACAUGCGAUCGACUCUGCCUUUCUAAAGGGCCAAUACGAUACUUGGGGAGAGUCGCAGUUACGGACGAAAGUGCGCAGUCAUCGCGAGAACGGCAAAAAAUUCUACUCUGAAGUAUACGAUCAGUACAUCAACGACGACGCGUAA